UCGAAAAUGAUAGUAAAAGAUUACAUUAUCAGCAAAUUGGCUACGGGUCGUAAACCUGUUGGUGCUGGUACCUUCAAGAUGCAUAUAGAGGGCUUUUGUGGGCUUUAUUUAAUUAACUGACCGCCACCGACGAGACUGGUGUGCUUCGAAAAGUAAGAGCGUUUUUUGUGUUUUUUGUGAGACGAAUCUAAGUAAACCGGGUGCAUCACAUGAUGCAGUAUACGGUAGUGUUUGUUUUUUGGUGCUGCUGGUUGCUUGGCGACCGUACCUUAGCAGCACCGUUCGAUGGAAAGCAAACGUCGGAGCUGAAAGAUUUCACGUUUGACGAAAUCAUCCCGAACCAGUUCGGUUUGCGAGGCUUCAAUGGGACGUGGCUGUCUGGCGAUGAACUGCUGUACAGAAAUGGUGGAGACUACGUAAAAUUGAACGUUAAUACCGGAGACAGUGUGGUGGUUAUCACCACUGAUGUUUUGAACCAAUUCCGUGGAGCAUCGAUUCAGUUGAUCAAACCCGAUUUCACCAAAGUCCUCGUCCGAUAUGAUGUCCGAACGGUAUUCAGACAUUCAUCUCUUUCCAAGUACGCAAUCUACGACACAUUGGACGAAACUGUAUACCACAUUGCCAACCAGGAGGAAGUGUCAAUCUGUAUCCUCUCGCCAACCGGACAAAGUCUCGCGUACGUAAAGGAUAACAAUGUUUACUACCGUGCGUCGUUGCUUGACCCGGUGGAACGAGCCCUUACGGGCGAUGGCAUUACCGGUGUAAUAUACAACGGUAUCCCGGACUGGGUGUACGAAGAGGAAGUGUUCGGUACAGAUGCGACACUCUGGUUUUCGCCGAACGGUCGCCGACUAGCCAUGGCAAGCUUUGACGAUCGUGACGUGAAGGAGUUCUCGUAUCACAUGUACGGUUCGCCGGAUGAUACGGACAAGCAGUAUCCGGAGGAGUUCCGAAUUCGUUACCCAAAGGUUAACACCACCAAUCCGACCGUACAUCUGCAGGUGACGGAUCUGUCUGUAAGUGAUCCCGUUUGGGUGGAACUACCAGCCCCGCUUGCCACCGUCGGGGAGGAUCAUGUGCUCGGUACGGUGAACUGGGCUGGUGAGGAUGUGCUCGGUGUCAUUUGGACCAAUCGGCGACAGAAUGUGGCUACGUUCCAGAAGUGUCAAACGACCAGCGGAGGAACCUGUACGGAAGCGAUCAGAUUCGAUCGACCGAACGGAUGGUACGAUCUCUAUACGCCACGCUGUUACGGACCCGAUCGAUGCUUCUUGCUGGGCGAUAAUAAUGGAUGGCGCGCGGUGAUGGAACUGGUCGAAGGAUCAGCUCCUGUUGCACGUACUCCUGCAGGGUUUACCGUAUCCUCCAUCAAUGGAUACGACGUAGAGUCACAGGCACUCUACUACACAGCUGUUCCGGCAAGUCAACCCCAUCACCGGCAUGUUUACCGAAAUGAGGAAUGUCUCACGUGCGGUUUAACGGACGAGCUGGAAGGUUCCGUAGGAUGUAACUUUGCAAGUGUAUCGUUCAGUGCGGAUUUGUCGUACAUGGCAGCAACAUGUUCCGGACCGACACCUUCCUACACGCAGAUCUACCGUACCAGCGACAGGCAGCUCGUGGCGGACUGGGAAUGGAACAUGGAGCGUCGCGAGCAGCUGAAACAAUACAAAAAGGUUUCGGUACGAUUCCUUCGUGUGCCGGUCGGUGAUGGUAGCUUCCAGGCAUCCGUCCGACUCUACCUACCACCGGAGAUUGACUUCGAUUCAUCUGCCGUAGCAACGCGCAAGUAUCCAAUGGUGGUGAAUGUGUACGCUGGACCAGAUUCGGUCCGUGUUACGGAUAGUUUCGGUGUUGGCUUUGCUAACUACAUGGCCACUACCAAAGGAGUAAUCUAUGCGCAGAUUGAUGGUCGUGGUACGGGUAAUCAGGGCUACGAGUUUCUGUUCUCCAUCAACAACCGGCUCGGAACGUACGAAAUGGAGGACCAGAUUGCAGUCGCACGUUAUCUGCAGGAGACGUACGCUUUCAUUGAUCCCCAGCGUACCGGUAUCUGGGGCUCGAGUUACGGUGGCUAUGCAACAGCCAUGACGCUGGAGAAGGAUCACGAGCAGGUGUACCGUUGCGGUAUCUCUGUCGCACCGGUUACCUCGUGGAUGUUUUACGACUCUAUCUACACCGAGCGCUACAUGGGCCGUCCGACAGACAAUGGUGCCGGGUAUGAUCGUAGCGAUAUCAGUAGCUUCACGGACGAACUGAAGAAUCACCUGUUCCUGCUGAUUCAUGGUACUGCGGACGAUAACGUACACUAUCAACAGUCGAUGGUGUUUGUGCGUGCCCUGCUGGAUCAUGACAUCGACUUUGAGCAGAUGACCUAUCCGGAUGAGGCUCACUCGCUAUCGGGUGUACAGCGUCACCUGUAUCACACGAUGGAUCAAUUUUGGGAUCGAUGCUUUGCUUAAAUCGUUCCUUUUGUUGCACGUAUUUACCUCGCCAAAAUGAAUUGUUAGCCCAAAAAGUA